AUGGAGCCUCCUAGGAAGUUAAAGGGCCGCCAAAUGGUUGAGAUGGUGAAGAUCAAGAAGGCGACGAAUCUCCAAGUUACCUUUGCCAAACGCCGGGCUAGCAUUUUCAAGAAGGCGAGUGAAAUUAGCACGCUUUGUGGUGCUGAAAUUGCAGUGAUUAUUUUUUCACCUGCUAAGAAAGUGUUUUUUUUUGUCAGUCCUUCUGUGGAAAAGUUGAUCAAUCGAUUCAGUGGCCUAAUAGAACAACCUCUUUCAGCUAACAGAUGCAUGAUGGAUGCUCAUCGAAAUGCUUGUCUCCAAGGGCUCAACUCACAGCUAAACAAGCAAUUUCAACCUGCUCUUGAGGAAUUAUACGAGAAUGUUAUAAAAGUCGCCAAAGAAAAAGAUGCUGAAGAGGACAAUAUUAAUCCUAAUUCUGAUGAUCAGCUUUUUCUUGGAAGCUCUUCCAAUGGAACUGGACUUCCAUUUGAAUCUAUCCCCUUAAAUGCUAUCGUUGGUCCCAGAAACAUGGUUAAUCCGAACAUGAAUAGGGUUAAUUCCAACAUGGUUAAUCCAAACGUGAUUAGGCCCAGCAUGAUUAAUCCUAACAUGGUUAAUCCUGCAGCUUAUAUGAAGAUGCUUCGUGACAUGCUCAACAACAAUAAUCCAAACAUUCCCUUGUCCAAUUCCAUGACUCCCAAUAAUCCAAUCAUGGUCUCUAAUGUCAUGCUUAUCAACAGUAACCCUACAAACAUGAUGCUACCGGCGGCAAAUAUGAUGAUCAACAAUGAUCAAAACAUGGUUCCAGCCGAUCAUAUGAUGAUGAACAAUGACUAG